AGGAUUUGCGAUCUCACACUUUCUGCAAUUGCCCUCGAACAAACAUGUCACGAUACCUCAGUAAGCUACCCACCUUCCAACAGUUCCUCGCAACAGCUGGAGAUACUAAUUACCAACCCCCCUCCGCCCAGCCUCUGGCAAAAUAGCCCUCCUCGCCCUCGUAGAACUCUACGCAGAGUCGCGCUUCCCUAACCAAUCCGUGGUCCCGGUCCUCUCCUUCGUGAUCCGGCAUCUGGUGAGUCCGAAGGAAAACACCGCAUUCAUCCUAACCCUCGAGCACAUAAAGUCCGCAACACUGCACCAGCCCAGCGCAGUUGUGGGCCGCACGAUCUUCGACCUGCUGCUGAAGAAGUUGUGGGAGAUCAACUCCUUCGACGCCCUCCACACGUUUUUUGCGAACAUACAGACUUACCUGAUCGAGCCCGAGCAUGCGGACAAGUCCCCCGUGAGGGUGCAUGGGGAGAAGUCCAUGCUGAGCAGGACUUCUGUCUUGGGGUGCUUUGUCCGGAGGGCGGCGUUAGAGUAUGUCCGGUUGCAGUUUCAUGAUGCUGUGUCACUGUGGAGGAGCUUUAUUGCGUAUCGUGAGCCGACACUGGCAAUGUGGAAGAAGAGGAACUUGGGCGCUGGGCCGAUGAGCUUUGAUGUUAAUCUGAAGGGAUUGGGGUUUGGUGAUGGCGUGGUUGGCGUGGUUUAUGGGAGGGGGAAGGAGAGUCGGGAUUGUGUGAUUUUCCUCUCCACCAGUUCCUUUGGGGAGGUGCUGACUGGGGGUUAUAGGCACCGUUUCUACAGAUGAUGUGGAGAGGCUAUUGGAAUUCCAAGUGGAGUCUAUGCAAAGAAUGGGCACGAGAAUACCGGAUGACAUGCAGGUUCAAUUGAGGCAGAUGCUUAGUACUAAUGUUACUAUUCCUGCGUUGACGCAUUAUGUUGAGUGAGCAGUAUGCCUGUUUUGAGGUUUACCAUUGUUGGGACGGUCGGUUGAUUGAUCCGUUCCGGUAGGUUUUUGAAUUCCUGGCGGUCAGGGGAUUAUCCCGGGUCGUUUGAUAAUUUGCAUCGGUACUUUGAUUACACGAUGCAUAAUCGGGAUAGGUGAGUUUAUACUUUACUGGUUCGUGUACGCGCUCUUGCGGGUUUAUGGCUGAUUUUUGUUUUGCUUGCAGAACCUUCUACCAGUAUGCUCUGCUGAAUCUUGCGAUUUUGCAGGCGGAUUUCGGGUGUUACCGGGAGUCUAUACUGGUUUGUUUACCCUGAUCUGUGUGGCGAGUGGAAGAUGAGUUAAUAUGUUGCAGGCGAUGCAAGAAACUAUAAAUACAGCCCGAGAAAAUAAAGAUAUGGCUUGCCUGAAUUUCUCGCUGUCGUGGUUAUAUCAUUUUCACAAGGCCCACCCACAAGACUGUCCAGAUGUUAUAUCUUCAAGGAUGGAGCGAGAAUCGUUGCAGUUCCUCAAAGCAAAGGCCAAGGAGGGAGGGAUGCACCAUCUACAGUCUAUGGCGCAUCUCUCGGAAGCUAAGCAGAUACUUGUUGGGGUAUGAUCAUUUUCACUAGUUUUCGAGAUUUGGCUUGUUUCUGAUUUUUUUUCUUUCCAGGGUGAAUCUAUACCGGCUGCCUUUGAGAGUAUACUGCGUAGUUCUCAUUUGAAUGUGACUAAGAAUAUACAUAAUGCGAUGGGUUCACAGAUUUUACUGCAGUCUUCGUUGUGGAGUCGCAUGGGUAUGAGAGCUCUGAUACUUCUGGAUGCUGUGUCUUGCUAAUGGGUUAGGCAUUUCGUAUCUGUCCUGGAUGAAUUGCGAGCUAUUUCUCUCGAAGUAUAGGGUUAAUUCUCCUAUUGAAGAUGUUGUUAAGGCACUUUGUCGUAGUGCUUAUAUUGUAAGCGUCCAUGGCUAUUUUCGGCAUUUAGGGUGCUAACGGUUUGUGAAAGAUGUCUCUACGAGGUAAGACGGACGAAGCAUUAGAAAGGCUGGAUCAGGUAGACCAGGAAUGCCUGCGCACACUCAAGGUAUAUCAGUAUUGGGCGACAUAUGUUGGUCUUUUAAAGCUUAGGCAAGCUAUGUACAAGUUCGGUCCCUCCCACCACACGUGUUCCUGAUAUAUGCUUACAUUUUGUGGUUCUAGGGGCGAUACAGCAGCGGCAGAGCUACUGCUUCAACAGCUUUCGGCUUCGCCUUACGUCGAACCUGACUGUGCAUUGGAAAUUGCGAUCUGCAGGCUUGACCUCCUCUCUCGUCGGGGGAAUUAUUCGGCUGUAGGUUUUGUUCUAAGAUGGAUGGAUGCGUGCAUCUACUAAGGAACCCUAGGCAUUAACUGCCAUAACCCAACUCUCGGAAGAGCUAGUGCGAGACCGAGCAGACAUCUACCAUCGCAUACGGGUGAUGAUUAUUAAGGCUGACCUUCUCUCGGUAUAUCCCCUUGGACUACCCUCCCCAGCGUUAGAUAGUAUUAAUACGUCCUAGAAAUGUGGCCGCACGGUAAAAGGCCUCUCUGUAGCUAUUAGCGCCGCAACAAUAGCCUGGCGCUCCCGCCUGCUACCAGCCCUCUUCCAAGCCUUCCGCACAAUCGCCAACAUCCUGAUCCACAUGGGCGAGUUUUCAGCGGCGUACUCAAUGAUGGACAACAUCAUGCCCCAGGUCCUCGAAUGUGAGGACGCAUACCUUAACGCUCAGUGCUUUUCAUGCCUGGCGGAUGCACAAAUGGGACUUGCGGGGGCUAGGAAGGGGGCUGGAAGGAAUGAGUGCCUGCAUCGCGCGUUGGAGUUUAUUGAUAGAGGGUUUGCUGGUUCGUUUAUUGGAAUUUCCUAGGUUUAUUGCAGGGGGGGGGUUUUUUUUAACUAAUGAGUGGAUGAAUAGAAUACUCCCGCAUUAGAGAUGCAAGAUCGCAAAUGACGCUCAUGAGCCAGAAGGCUAGGAUUCAGGACUUCACCGGUGAGAAGUCGUUAAGGGAUGAUGCAGUCAAAUGGUAUAAGCAAUUGAAAAAGGGUAGCUAGAGAGAGAGAGAGAUCCCCCCCUUUCGUUUUGACAGACGGAAUGUAAUUUUAUAAUACAAGUGAAAUUAUGAUAAU